AAUUGGCGUGUGUUACGUUAAUAAAAGUAUGGUGCCAAAAGUAGGAAGCCAAUUAUGACUCGCGCGUUGCAAUUUAGAACAAAUAUCCUGUAACCGAAAGAAACAUUUUCGGAGGACAGAAUGAAAGGUAUUCGAUGGUCAACAAAGAAGGUCCUCCCUAAAAUACAAGAAUUUGAAAAAGUAAUGGAUCCACCCCUUACCUCUGAAUCACGCGAAAAAUCUAAAGCAUAAUAAAACUCCCAUCAUUUGAAUUUGCACGCCGAUCGAUUGACGUAAAAUGAGAUGUGUAAAAUAAUAUUAUAUAAAUGCAUAUUUGUAUAGAUACAUAUAUGGAUAUACGUACACAAACACGAUACCAUAGUCACUCAUCACACGAAGGACAUACGUACACACACAGAUAUUAUAUAUGUAUAUAUAUUUUUCAGAUCUAGAAAGACCCAUCCUGGUGCUGUAGUACACUUGAGUGAUAACCCUUUAGAUUUGAGCAAGAUGCUGAUAGGAUACGAAUCGGGUCAGAUAGUGUUUUGGGAUUUAAAAACGAAAAAUGCGGAUUACAGAUGCCAAAGCGACGUACCCUUGAGAUCGAUAUCUUGGCAUCACGAGGGUAAACAGUUUAUGUGUAGUCACACCGAUGGUUCUCUGUCAACAUGGACAGUACGUCAAGUGAAAGCAACAAGUGUUACGCAUCCCCACGCAAAAACUACUAAAGACGGCGAACCAGAACCGUGUAAACCUAUUCAAAAAGUCGAGUGGAAACUUUCCAGAUCGGGGGAAGCAUACGUUAUAUUUUCUGGUGGUUUAGCGUAUGAUACGACUGGACGAACUCCAAGCAUAACGGUCAUACACGGGAAAACCACUACUGUAUUAGAAAUGGAGCACAAUGUGAUAGACUUCAUAACACUAUGUGAAAGUCCAUGGACCAGUGAUUACCAAGAUCCAUAUGCUGUUGUCGUUCUACUACAAAACGAUUUGGUUGUGAUAGAUUUGUUAACUCCUGGAUUUCCGUGUUUCGAGAAUCCAUACCCAAUGGAUAUACACGAAUCUCCCGUGACAUGUUGUGCAUACUUUGCAGACUGUCCUUCGGAUCUAGUACCUGCUUUUUAUUCAGUUGGAUCGAAAUCACAAAAAAAGACAGGGUUCAGUGAAAAGGAUUGGCCGAUAUCCGGCGGUGAAUGGAGUUCGAGCUCAAGUAGUUAUAACGAAAUUAUUGUAACUGGGCAUGCUGACGGUAGUAUAAAAUUUUGGGACGCAUCCGCAGGCACUUUACAAGUUCUUUACAAAUUGAAGACAGCAAAACUUUUUGAAAAAGGUAGAACGCGUAGUAUAGACUCCGAAGAAGAUCCGUUGGCGAUACAACUCAUCUUCCUUUGCCCCGAAAGUCGGAAAUUAGCGAUCGCGGGAAGCGGAAGACACGUUGUUUUAUUCAAAUUCAAAAAAUUAGAGAGUAUGUCUGAAGUAGUGACUUUGGAGAUAUCAUUGACAGCAGAUGUAGGGAAAGAGGUGGAAUGCUCGCCCGAUCACGAUUCCCCGGCUGGCAAUACUUCAGGAAGUAGCGAAACCAAAAAUACGGAAGGAAAUCAAGGGCUUAAAGUUAAGAGUGGUUUGCAGAAGAGAGCUGCAGGCUUUCAAGCAACGCUUAUCUGUUUAACGGUUGGUGCCAGUGGAGAACAACCCGAAAAUAUAACAGCUCUUAGUUUGAAUUCUUCCUAUGGCUUAAUGGCGUAUGGGAACGAAUCCGGUUUGGUGAUAAUAGACAUCGUGCAGAAAAUUUCUUUGGUUGUGUUAAAUACAGCGGAUAUCGGUGGUAGUACGGAUCCCUGUCAACGUGCGCUACGCAGUCCUAAACGUCAAGAUGACUCGAAACGAGAAAACGAAGAUAAAGCAAGGAGUCCUAGCACAGAUCAGACUCAUCGAGACUCUACUGUGGCAUCCGAAGCCUUAUUAACAAUGGUAGCCGACAAUUCUCAACAAUGUCCAGUUCGCGAUGAAUUCCAUGCUGGAAACAAUAGCGAAAAAGGAACCGCGGAGGAAUCCGUGAGCGAAAAUCCUAAGCCUGGAAAUGCAGUGGACGAAGAAGAUUCCGCAAAAAACCACGGCUGGAAAGGAUUUAACCUGAAGAGGCAACUUAGCAAGGUUGAUCUGAAAAUAAAGAGUACUUUCACGCCAACAUUGGUGACGUCUCAAAAUGGGGUAGGCACUGAUAGUAGCGGUCAGAAAGCUUCCGUAUUUUACUGUAAUGUCAACGAAUCCGCGAAUUCGUUAUCUCCAGUCGAAAGUGUCGAAGACGAGUCUUCGCUGUCGUCCGAAGGUUCGAUAUCAGGCCGUGAAAGUCCAUUGAACGAUGAUAAGAAAAGGCAUAGUCAGGAUGUAAAGAGCCCGAUGAUCGAAGGAGACGUUAAUAAACAGUUACGAUCCCAUAACGACAACGUGAUCGGAAAAUCGGAUGCUGUGCGACCCGUUAAUUUAACCCUGUCCGAGAACGAAUUGAAACCGCCACGGCUGAAGAAAAUUGUGAAGAUGAAACAAGUGAAAAGAGAGGGUCGUUUGUUGUCGGUGCCAAAUUUAAAGUUUGCGAAAAACGAUCCAACGGUUUGUGACCUAAGGUGCGAAGAGAACACGGCCCCCGAAUCCUUCACCUGCAAUCUGAUAAGAAGAUUCAGUCGGGUAGACAAAUAUGACAGUUCGUUUCAACGAUCAAGAAGCUCGAGUAUGUCGUCGCUUGAGAACAUCACCACAGAAACCAUCAGCUGCCUUACAUUCGCAGAUUCCUACACGAGAAAAAGUGAUACCAGUCCCGUACCAACACUGUGGAUCGGUACAUCAUUAGGAUCUAUACAAACGGUGAUUUUUAAUACACCUGUUCGCGGAGAACGACACGUUCAACCGGUUGUUGUUUCUUCAUGCAAUGGAUCUACUUUUAAAUUAAAGGGCUCUAUUCUAUUGAUGUCCUUCUUAGAUUGUAACGGUGCCCUUAUUCCAUGCUCUUACGAAUCCUGGAAAGAUGAGACUGUGGAGGGCAAAGAUCGAAAUAAGAGUCAAGGUAAAUGUACAAAUAGUCGGAUGUCUCCUUCGUUGAACACGCAAGUAACUACCGGAGACGGAUUCGAAGAUCGUCAAUUUGUUGUAUUAACAUCUGAAAAGCAGGCGAGGGUUUUAGCGUUACCAUCGCAGAAUUGUCUAUACAGGCAACAACUAGCUGAAACUCAUAUUGUCAUCAAAUCAGAGAUCACUUCUAUAAAAGACAAUGUUUGUCUCGUGUGCUACGUUUCAAAUGGACAUAUAGCUACGUACAGUCUACCAAGCCUGAGGCCACUAAUAGACGUCGAUUUCUUACCUCUUAUAGAUUUGAGUUUUCAGACUACAAAACAUGGCAUUGUAGACCCCAUGUUGUCCAUAUGGGGUCAUCAACUCUUUGUUAAUGGCGAUACCGAUCAAAUUGCAAAAACCCUCGGCUUCAGCAAUAGAGGCCACGGUCUAUACCUCUCAUCGCCCACUGAGAUUCAAAAGUUUUCCGUAUCCAGCCAAUUUUGUGCGGAAUUAACUGAAAUGAUGGGAGACUUAUUCAUUGGUCAUGAUAUGCCUGAACCACCUAAAGAAAGUUUCUUCAAGGGCCUCUUCGGCGGAGGAUCACGAAGUCUGGACAGAGAAGAGUUAUUCGGUGAGUCUAGUGGGCGAGCUUCUCGUACGGUUGCAAAACAUAUACCAGGACCGAACGCUGGUACGGAGGCUCUUCGAGAACGCGUGACAACCGCCACAGGAGAAGUGGCGAUGGCCCAUCAAAUGGUUAUGGAGCGUGGUGAGAAGCUGUCACAACUGGAGGAACGGACAGCGCGCAUGAUGACGGAAGCGGAAGGUUUCUCUCAGUCUGCUCACGGAUUGAUGCUCAAGUACAAAGACAAGAAAUGGUACCAGCUAUGAGAAUAUAGCUCGAGUUGUAUCCAAAUUUGGAUCUGCGUACGAUUAUAUGAUAAUUUAGCGUUCACAUGUCAUGUAUGAGUUCUGUCGUACUAAAAACCAAAAAAGAAAAAAAAUAGGAUGAAAUCGAAAAAUUGAACAUAUUGUGAACUUUGUACGCACACACCGGAAACAUAUUACACGGAACAAAAGAGUGAAAUAUGUGUAUGUGUUGGUAAGAAAGAUGGCUGGGAGGAGGGUCGAAAGAUAUAAAGGAAACAUAUUCAUGCGAUACUUGUACAACCAGGUAAUACACACGCACAUUUUUCAGCGAAGAAUAUAGGAAAAGUCAUAUACACGUAUAAACACAAAUAAGAUUAAGUAUAUAUAUAUACACAUACAUAUAUAUAUAUAUAUAUAUAUAUAUACACAUGCGCGAUCUCUCAGAAUGAUUAAUAAUCUAUAUACAUACAUAUAGACCGAGUAAAUAUAUGGUAUAUACGUUACGUAUAAACCAACUGAGCAGAUAAAACGGAAGGAAAGUGGGAUGGCUGCGAUUAAAAUUAAAUAAAUUAUUAGUGGAUAUAAUAACAUAAGGUUUAAGAAGUAAGUAUUUACGCAAGAAUAAGAAAAUGAUUCUACUACGUGCGAGUCAAUAGAUAUGACUAUGUGACAAUUCGCGUUCUAAUCUACGACUCUGGUAAAUAUAUUCGGAUACUCUGUAACACAGAAAUGCUGAAGCAGAAUGAUACUUUGUCUUCAUUUGUACUUAGUUAAAAAAGAAGAAUAUAAUAAUUAAAGCACGUACAAGGGCAAACAUUGUUCGAACGAUACAAACCAAAAUUACAGAGCGAAGUUGAUGAUGUGGAGACGUUUAUUGUGAAUGCAUUUUGACGUAAUUAAUUAAUAACGUAUUGAUAAACGUAUUUAAUUAAUUACGUAAUAACCAAAAAAAAAAAAUUAAUCGAUUGGGAUAAUAGCACAGUGAAUGAACGUUGAAGGCAGUAAAAUAUAUAAUUUAUCCACGAUGCUGGACCAUCUGGACUUAUAUUCCAAUAUAUAAUCCUACCGUACCGUCACAUCGUUGAUAAAACAUAUAUUAGUUGUUAUUAAUUGUAGUUAUCGCUAGAUAUGCUAUGUAUAUAAAAUAACAAGUGCAGUAGGAAAUAUUAUACAUCAAAAAAAGAGCAGUUUGUAUAAUAACGUGUUGUAAGUUGCGCUACUUCAGCGUCAAUGAUGAAUUCAUUUGAAUUUAUGAUAUAUAUAUAUAUAUAUAUAUAUAUAUAUAUAUAUAUAUAUAUAUACACAUAUACAUAUAUACAUAUAUAUAUAUAUGUAUAUAUAUAUAUAUACACAUAUACAUAUAUACAUAUAUAUAUAUGUAUAUAUAUAUAUGUAUGUAUCGAUCGGAAUAAAGAAGUACUACUAUAAUUUUUAAAAUUAUAUGUAGAUUAGAUUAUGGAAAGACAAUAUAUCUAAUAAGUUCACUUGAAUUUAUUGAGACCCUGAAUUACCGUACUGCUUCCAUAGCAAUAACUCUAUAGUUGAUGUUAAUGGUACUAAUCACCUACAUAAAACUAUAUUAUAAUUUGCCCCGCAAACAAUUGCAAUUCCUUUUUGCUUCUGAGUAUCAUUUUCCUUGGACAAUAUACACAGGUAUAGUUUUCUUCGUAUACAUUUAAACGCCGCUAUAAUUAUUGUCAGUAAAUAUAUUUAACGUUCUCGAUAUAUUGAAACAUGGUCGAAACGCUAUUUUAAUUUCAGAAUCUCAAGAUAAUUGCAUAAGAAAACCAACAUGUGAUUCUACACUUUCAUUAUUCGUUUUACUUAAACAACAACUUUUUUGACGAUGUCUUUUAUCGUCUUACUCGCAAGCGAGUUCUUCAAGUGUAAGUCCGACUUCUUAACUGGGAUUUACACAGCGAUGGAGCAAGAACUACCGAAGUCAUUUAUUACAGUUCAGUGGGCGGAGAGUUAAUAGUUUUUGAAAUAUUUAAUAUUAAAGUGUUGACGAUCACUUAUCUGCUAAAACACAAUUUUCAAGUGAGAAUACAAUACGAAACUACAGUGUACUGUAAUCUAAAAUACAAAUUUACUUUCUUUCUAAAUAUCUCGCAAAGUACUAACAAUCUGCUCACCAAACCAUAAUUAUUGACUUCGGUAUUUCACGCUCCACCAUUGCCAACAAUUAAAAAACCAGACAUACACUUGGAGAAUUUCCCUUGUAAAUGGUCUUCAAAACUCAGAAACUUUAUAUGCGGGGUUUUCUGACAUGAUAAAAAAAAGCAAAAAAUAUUAAACGAUGGUUACAUUAAAAUAAGCAUAGAAGCGUGUUAAUAACCAAUAAGCAAAAGGGAGGAGCCAAUACAUAACAGAAAUAAAAAUAUUUGUCUCGGGACUUUUGUGAAAAUGAAAAAGUUGUUUAUUGCUCUAACAAUAGAAUAGUAAAUGUACGAUAGUUGCAGACAAAGAACAGCAAAAUACGUUAUUAUCUAAGUGUUUGAUAAUAUAACAUAUUCUAACACUUGUUGUAUAAAAACUACUGUUUAGAUAAUUUUGAAUUAUUUAUGUCAGCAAACAGGUUGAAAUGUGUUUGAAUAUAAUUUAUUAUAAUAAAACACAAUUUGAAAUGAAAAAGGAAUAAUAUAACAAACAAACAAAGAUAAGUAUUAAUCGGAAUUCCUAUUUAACCUUGAUCUACGUUCGUUAUGUUAUAAAAACUUGUAAUAUCUGUUAAUUAUUUAUAUCCGCAAUAUGGAUUUUCUGCAAGGCUAGAUUUUUUCGAUUAUCAAAUAACUAUAUAACUUAAGAUAAUGAGGCUUUCAUGGCCCGGUUCUUCAUGGUUGAUAGUAACCGAGGCUUCCGGACGUAAGCCGUAUGCUUUGGAUAAAAUACUCCUACGUUUAGCCAGCCUUCCAGCUAGCUUCCUCAAAAAGUCAAAUGGCAUUCUGACAUUGGCGUUCAUCGUGAAAUUUGGGUAAUUUUAAGUCACGGUUCCUUAACUACCAAUCACUGAGCUCAUGGCACGGUUUUCUGAUUAAUAAUAAAAGUUGUCAUGAUUAUUCUAGAUAUUCUAGGUAUGGUUGAAAUUAUAACCUACUAAUUGGUCAACUGAACAAUCAUAUCAACUUCUAUUGAUAACUUGUGGCCCAUGCUAUAAGCUCGGUGAGUGAUAGUCAAAGAACUGUGACAUGAGUAUAAGUAUCUUUUAAAGUGUCCCAAGUUACAUAAUGCACGCCAAUAACAGUAUGUCAUUUGACCUCUGAAGAAGCCAGCUGCAAUGCUGGUGAUUGGUGUAUUUAUCCAAAGAACAAAGCUUACAACCGGAAAUUUCAGAUAGUAUCAACUGUACAACUUAAAAAUUCUUACCGCGACACAGAACAAUUGAUACUUAUUUCGGUAAAGCAAUAUUACUUCGAGAGUUUCUACACUUGUUUUCACAAAUAUUGUAAUGUUAUAGAUAUUCGAAGAGAUUUAUUUUCAGCGUGAACGUAUUGAAUCGUUUUAUAACAAAUAUAUUGCUUCCUGUAUGUUCAAACGAACUGUAGCUACCUCUAC